AUGGAGACAAGCUGUACGCAGAAAUGUGUAGACUUUUUAGAGGCACAAGACCAAAACAGAAACAGGAAAUAUGUCGAAGAAAUAAAGAAGGCAAUAGAAGAGAAUCGCAGGUCAAUACCAAUAGACUACUCUGACAUGUUCAACCAUGACCAAGCACUGGCAAUAGAAGCAAAAAGAAACUUUCCAAGUGUGGAGAAGCACAUUUCCAAAGCCAUAGAAAUACUUACGGCAAAAUAUUGCCCCGAGUUCAAAAAGAAAGGAAUAUCCACAAGAGAGGAAGAGUUUAUUCCCUGUAUAUACGGACUUGAUGUGAUAUAUUCAGUGAGGGAUCUUAAGACUGGCCUUCUUGGGCAGUUAAUAUCGUUUUCAGGCAUAGUUACACGAUCCUCUCAGUCUAAGCCAGAAUUAUUAGAGGGCACUUUUGAGUGCUUAGAGUGUAAGGCAUUAGUGCGAGGUAUUGUUCAGGAGAGAAUAUACAGACAGCCACUUGGCUGCAUAAACCCAAUGUGUUUAAACAGGAGUAAGUUUCGGCUGUGCGUGGAUGAGUCUAAGUUCAGUGACUAUCAAAAGGUUCGUGUACAAGAGCCCGUUGGGGAAACAGGAGACUCACAGGCAAUGCCAAGAACAAUUGAGGUUCUGCUAAGAAAUGACCUGGUUGAAAUUGCCAAGCCGGGUGACAGUGUGAUUAUAACAGGAUAUUUAACAGCCUCACCCUGCAUGAGAGAUGCACUUGGGCACAGCAAUACUACCAAAGUUGGUCUUUCAAAAGCACCAGAGGCAGAUGCUGUACGAGGAAAGAUUGCGCAGGGAAAGGGGAUUAACCACGAGCUGAUUUUCUUGGGCAUUUCUGUGUCAAAAAGACAGAGCGAUCCGUACACUACACUACUAGAAAAGAAUCAGAAGGUAGAAAAUAUUACUGCGUUGGAUAAGAUAAAGGUAGAGACAAUGUCACAGACUCCAGGGCUCCUUUCCAAGCUAGCAAACAGUCUUUUCCCAUCGAUCUGCGGGCAUGAAAAUAUUAAAAUGGCAAUUCUUCUUAUGCUUGUUGGUGGCACCUCUAAAAAGACUGCAGAGGGAAUUCCUUUAAGAGGAGACAUAAAUAUACUUUUAGUGGGUGAUCCAGGAACAGCAAAAUCACAAUUUCUUAAGCAAACAAGCACAUUAGUCGACAGAGGAGUAUAUACCUCAGGGAAAGGAUCCAGUGCGGCAGGUCUUACUGCAAGUGUAAUAAAAGAUGACACCGGUGAGUUCAGCAUUGAAGCCGGUGCACUUAUGCUAAGUGACAGUGGAGUGUGCUGUAUUGACGAGUUUGAUAAAAUGGAUGAGAGAGACAGAGUUGCAAUUCACGAGGCUAUGGAGCAGCAGUCUAUAACAAUAGCAAAGGGAGGUAUACAUGCUACACUCAGUGCCAGAACAAAAAUACUGGCAGCUGCCAACCCAGUAAAAGGAAGGUACGACAUGCGAAAAACCCUCCGGCAGAAUGUAAGACUAUCCCCGCCAAUUAUGUCCAGGUUUGACUUGUUCUUUAUUCUUGUGGACAGCAUUAGCAUAGAGCACGACCAAAUUAUCUCCAACCACAUUCUUAAAAGCCACAUGGCACACGGAGAACCAGUCUCACUACAGGACACGUUCUUUUCCAUUGAGGAUGUUAAGACCUUUAUACGCGUGGUAAAAACAAGAGAGCCAGUUCUGUCAAAGGAAGCAGGAGAUGCAAUUGUACAAAAGUAUCUGGAAAUCAGAAAGAACAAUUCCGUCCAUGCAUUUAGUGCGACUCCCAGGCAGUUAGAAAGUAUUAUUAGGCUAAGUGAAGCAGUUGCUAAAAUAUUUGGGUAUACCACAGUAACAGAAGAGUGUGUUGAGCAAGCAUACCUUCUUCUCUCAGGAUCCAUAAUGAAUGUACUAACUGAUGACAUAAGACUCUCAGUAGCAGAUGCAGUUGGUGAGAGGGUUUACACAAUUACAUUCGAUGAGUACAUUAAAAUGACCUCUUCUUUAGUGAAGAUUGUUCAGAUGAACGCCAGAACAGACGGAAUCUCCAAAGAAGGCCUUAUUAAAGCAUUCAUUGAAGAAAACGAGAGCGAAAUCCCGACAGAAGAAGAAUAUUUCAAUAUGCAAGAAAAAGUAUCAGGACUAAUUGACCAACUGAUAUACAAAGAAGGUGUUUUUUAUGAGCAGGGAGAGAACAGAAGUAUUCUUCUUCAUCCUAAUUAUAAUUUGUUUUAAGAGUGCAAGGAUAUUAAUUUUGAAGAGUCUUCAGAAACAAAGCAUUCCUCAUUUGUCAGUGAGAUUCCCGCUUGGUGUAACAUCAUAAGACAUGGGGUAAUAAAAAAAUAAUUUAUAUAAGCAAA